AUGGAGGUUCAUCAGAGCUGCUUCGUCGACCCAACCGCCUUCGCGACCGAUUUUUCCGUUUCGCGAGCAGAUUUCGUCGUGAUGCGACCUGAAUGUGUUGUCGCCGUGCCGGAAACGCUUGUACCGCGAUCAGAUUUUGCCGCGUCGACGGCGGACGUGCGACAAUUCGUUCUUGGCCAGGAUUGUGCAAGCCGCAUGAAUAGCGAUGAAGAUUUCGUCUACGCGGCGCCACUCAAGUACAAAGCGGAAAUCUGUUCCGGUUGUGACCGUGCUAUUCAUGAACGAACAUUGCUCACUGUAAACGGAAGGCAAUUCGGUACAAAAUGUGCUUCGUGUGCACGACUUAUCCAUGCCACUGACUGGGUUCGAAGAGCUAGACAGCUGAGUACCGGCGAGGAAUUCGCGCUACAAGAUAAUCGCCUACUAUGCAAGCAACAUUUCGUGGAACUGGUCGACGGCGACUCAGGCAGCAAUCAACAAAAACAGAAGAUCAAGCGAGUGCGAACGACUUUUGCCGAGGAACAGCUUAGUGUUUUACAGGCACAUUUUCAAGUGGACAGCAAUCCGGAUGGGGCUGAUCUAGAACGAAUAGCUAGCAUCACUGGUCUUAGCAAACGAGUGACUCAGAACUCGAGGGCUCGUCAGAAGAAGUAUCAAGGCAGUCGAAAAGGUGGUGAUGGAACUUUGGACAGUACUCGUUCCUCUGAAGGACCUGGUAGUCCUAGCCAAAAGAAUUAUGAAGUUGAAGAAAAUGAAUUACCAUAUGCUGUGAAAUGUGCAAUGGAUCUCUCUGAUAAUCCAGGAAACGAACCCUGA